AUGGAGCUGCAGAAAGGAAUCAUGUUCGGACCUUACGAAGGCGCCAUUACCGACCUCAACAACAAGACCGGCUAUGGUUGGCAGAUCAAACUCAGCCAGGGCUCAACUCACUGCGUGGACGCGUGGGACCACAGGGUGUCCAACUGGAUGCGAUACGUGAACUGCGCCCGCUACGAGGAGGAGCAGAACUUGAUAGCCUUCCAGUACAAGAAGCAGAUCUACUACCGGACGUUCAAGGACGUGCCGACGCACACGGAGCUGCUGGUGUGGUACGGAGACGAGUACGGCCAGGAGCUGGGCAUCGGCAAGGUCGCCUUCCACCGGCCCGACCGCGGACCAAUCAGCAAUGAAGCAUUUUCCUGCGGGUACUGCAGUACCAGCUUUAGCAGCCCCCUGUACCUCAGCAAACACAGUAAAUUCUGUCGUAAGAAACCUCGGAGUACCACAGUUGGCACCAGUGUUCCGGACUUCAUCCCAGUAGCUGACACAUCAGCCAUUACAGAUCUGGCGACAACAUCUGAAACUAUGCAGCGUGAGUACAAUGAGAGCAUUGCGAAGUCUGCCAAUCACACAAAUACUCAAACACACACAGAAGUAGAGAACCCAUACAAGUGUCAGCAGUGUGGUAGUAGCUUUGCACGGACAAGUAACCUUACAAGACACAUGAGAACACACACAGGAGAGAAGCCAUACAAGUGUCAGCAGUGUGGUAGUUGCUUUACAGAAUCAAGUACUCUUACAAUACACAUGAGAACACACACAGGAGAGAAGCCAUACAAGUGUCAGCAGUGUGGUAGUUGCUUUACAGAAUCAAGUACUCUUACAAUACACAUGAGAACACACACAGGAGAGAAGCCAUACAAGUGUCAGCAGUGUGGUAGUUGCUUUGCACGGACAAGUGACCUUACAAAACACAUGAGAACACACACAGGAGAGAAGCCAUACAAGUGUCAGCAGUGUGGUAGUAGCUUUGCACGGACAAGUAACCUUACAAGACACAUGAGAACACACACAGGAGAGAAGCCAUACAAGUGUCAGCAAUGUGGUAGUUGCUUUGCACAAACAAGUCACCUUUCAAGUCACAUGAGAACACACACAGGAGAGAAGCCAUACAAGUGUCAGCAGUGUGGUUGA